UUGAAAUCUUCACCUUAAACGCUCACAGAUUCACUCUCUCCGUGGUGAUCUCGUCUGGUGCAGGCUUUAGGAACCGUUCAGACGUCAUGCAACGUUCUCUGUUCAGCAGGAGCGCACUGCUCAUCCAGCAGGCGGGCACGGCCCUCGGCGGGCCCCUGGCCCAGAGGAGCGCGGUCCUGCUGCAGCGACUGGACCGAUCCAUGUCCUCACUAACCAUCCCGCCGCCCGCCUGCAUGCUGCGGCCGCUUGAAGUGCCUCUGCGGUACCUGUUUGGUCCGGGACCAUCAAAUGUUGCUCCGCGUAUUUUAGCUGCAGGCGCCAGACCCAUUAUCGGACACUUGCACAAAGAAAUGUAUCAGAUAAUGGAUGACAUCAAAAAGGGGAUCCAGUAUGCCUUUCAGACAGAAAACAACAUGACUUUAUCAAUGAGCGGCUCCGGACACACCGCCAUGGAGUGCGCAGUGUUCAACGUGGUGGAGCCUGGAGAAAGUGUGCUGGUUGCCAUCAACGGAAUCUGGGGAGAGCGCGUGGCAGAAAUUGCAGAAAGAUGCGGUGGCAACGUGCACAGAAUGGUAAAAGCACCUGGAGGCUACUUCACCAACAAGGAAAUUGAACAGGCCAUAGUGAAACACAAACCCGUGCUGUUCUUUAUCACACACGGCGAGUCCUCUGCCGGCCUCUGUCACCCAAUGGAUGGCAUUGGCGACAUUUGCAGCAAACAUAACUGCCUCUUGCUGGUCGACACAGUUGCAUCACUCGGGGCCGCUCCGAUUUUUAUGGACAAGCAAAAUAUUGACAUUCUGUACACGGGUUCUCAGAAGGCCUUGAAUGCACCACCUGGUACUGCACCGCUCUCCUUUAAUGACAGAGCGUGCCAAAAGAUGUUUAACAGGAAAACAAAGCCGGUAUCCUACCUCCUCGAUAUGACACAUUUGUCCAACUACUGGGGCUGUGAUGGGAAACCAGCCAGAGUAUACCAUCACACCGGCCCAGUGUCUGGAUUCUUAACACUGAGAGAGAGUCUGGCAAUUCUUGCUGAGAAGGGGCUGGAGGAGUCCUGGAGGAAACACAAAGAGGUAUCAUCUUACCUACACAGGGGACUGGAGGAUUUGGGUCUCAAACUGUUCAUCCCUGAAAGGGAUUUAAGGCUUCCCUCUGUCACCACCAUUGCCGUCCCUGACGGCUACGACUGGAAAGAGUUGCUGGCCUACAUCAUGAACCACCACCAGAUGGAGAUGACAGGAGGUCUCGGCCCUUCUGUUGGCUUGGUGAUAAGGAUUGGACUGAUGGGCUACAACUGUGAGAAGACUAAUGCUGACAUGGCACUUCAAGCUCUGGCAGAUGCUCUCAAGAACUGCAAGAAAAGCAAAGCUUGAAUGAUCGUAGUCUACAGUGAUGACCCAGAGAGCACACUGUUUAUGGAGUAAAAUGAUGAAGAUUCCCAAAGGAUGUGUGGAAUAGUCCACAAAUUUCAAGAAUUCAGAUGAUAUAAUCAUCUGUGCUUUUGACUGCAGACAUUAAAAGAGUGUCUUUUCUUCAUAAGACAGUGAGAGAGUAAGUGAAGGAAAACAGAAGCAGAAGACUGAAAGAUGUCAAUAAAAUCUGCAUUAUUGCAUCAA